GCUUAUGAUAAUGUCAACAAAGUUCGAGUAGCUAUCAAGAAAAUCAGCCCCUUUGAGCACCAGACCUACUGCCAGAGAACCCUGCGGGAGAUAAAAAUCUUACUGCGCUUCAGACAUGAGAACAUCAUUGGAAUCAAUGACAUUAUUCGAGCACCAACCAUCGAGCAAAUGAAAGAUGUAUAUAUAGUACAAGACCUCAUGGAAACAGAUCUUUACAAGCUCUUGAAGACACAACACCUCAGCAACGACCAUAUCUGCUAUUUUCUUUACCAGAUCCUCAGAGGGUUAAAAUAUAUCCAUUCAGCUAACGUUCUGCACCGUGACCUCAAGCCUUCCAACCUGCUGCUCAACACCACCUGUGAUCUCAAGAUCUGUGACUUUGGCCUGGCCCGUGUUGCAGAUCCAGACCAUGAUCACACAGGGUUCCUGACAGAAUAUGUGGCUACACGUUGGUACAGGGCUCCAGAAAUUAUGUUGAAUUCCAAGGGCUACACCAAGUCCAUUGAUAUUUGGUCUGUAGGCUGCAUUCUGGCAGAAAUGCUUUCUAACAGGCCCAUCUUUCCAGGGAAGCAUUAUCUUGACCAGCUGAACCACAUUCUGGGUAUUCUUGGAUCCCCAUCACAAGAAGACCUGAAUUGUAUAAUAAAUUUAAAAGCUAGGAACUAUUUGCUUUCUCUUCCACACAAAAAUAAGGUGCCAUGGAACAGGCUGUUCCCAAAUGCUGACUCCAAAGCUCUGGACUUACUGGACAAAAUGUUGACAUUCAACCCUCACAAGAGGAUUGAAGUAGAACAGGCUCUGGCCCACCCAUAUCUGGAGCAGUAUUACGACCCGAGUGACGAGCCCAUUGCCGAAGCACCAUUCAAGUUCGACAUGGAAUUGGAUGACUUGCCUAAGGAAAAGCUCAAAGAACUAAUUUUUGAAGAGACUGCUAGAUUCCAGCCGGGAUACAGAUCUUAAAUUUGUCAGGACAAGGGCUCAGAGGACUGGACGUGCUCAGACAUCGGUAUUCUUCUUCCCAGUUCUUGACCCCUGGUCCUGUCUCCAGCCCGUCUUGGCUUAUCCACUUUGACUCCUUUGAGCCGUUUGGAGGGGCGGUUUCUGGUAGUUGUGGCUUUUAUGCUUUCAAAGAAUUUCUUCAGUCCAGAGAAUUCCUCCUGGCAGCCCUGUGUGUGUCACCCAUUGGUGACCUGCGGCAGUAUGUACUUCAGUGCACCUACUGCUUACUGUUGCUUUAGUCACUAACCGCUUUCUGGUUUGAAAGAUGCAGUGGUUCCUCCCUCUCCUGAAUCCUUUUCUACAUGAUGCCCUGCUGACCAUGCAGCCGCACCAGAGAGAGAUUCUUCCCCAGUUGUCUCUAGUCACUGGCAUCUCACUUUAUGAUAGGGAAGGCUACUGCCUAGGGCACUUUAAGUCAGUGACAGCCCCUUAUUUGCACUUCACCCUUUGACCAUAACUGUUGCCCCAGAGCAGGAGCUUGUGGAAAUACCUUGGCUGAUGUUGCAGCCUGCAGCAAGUGCUUCCGUCUCGGGAAUCCUUGGGGAGCACUUGUCCACGUCUUUUCUCAUAUCAUGGUAGUCACUAACAUAUAUAAGGUAUGUGCUAUUGACCCAGCUUUUAGAAAUGCAGUCAUUUUUCUAGAUAAAAAGGAAGUACUGCACCCAGCAAUGUCACUCUGUAGACUUACUGUGGUCACUUGUACCAUAUAGAGGUGUAACACUUGCCAAGAAGCAUUAUGUGCAGUACUUAAUGUUUGUAAGACUUACAAAAAAAAGAUUUAAAGUGGCAGCUUCACUCGGCAUUUGGUGAGAGAAGUACAAAGGUUGCAGUGCUGAGCUGUGGGUGGUUUCUGGGGAUGUCCCAGGAUGGAACUCCACACGCUGGUGCACAUACGCCUUUGAGCUACUUCAAAUGUGCGUGUUUCAGUAACCAUGUUCCAUGCCUGAGGAUUUAGCAGAGAGGAACACUGCGUCUUUAAAUAAGAAAGUAUACAGUUCUUUUUCCUUCUACAGCAUGUCAGCAUCUCAAGUUCGUUUUUCAACCUACAAUAUAACAAUUUGUAAUAAAGCCUCCACGAGCUCAUGACAUGAAGCACUGUUUGUCGUCAAGUACUCAAAUAUUUCUGAUACUGCUGAGUCAGACCGUCAGAAAAAGCUAGCACUAACUCGUGUUUGGAGCUCUAUCCAUAUUUUACUGAUCUCUUUAAGUAUUUGUUCCUGCCACUGUGUACUGUGGAGUUGACUCGGUGUUCUGUCCCAGUGCGGUGCCUCCUCUUGACUUCCCCACUGCUCUCUGUGGUGAGAAAUUUGCCUUGUUCAAUAAUUACUGUACCCUCGCAUGACUGUUACAGCUUUCUGUGCAGAGAUGACUGUCCAAGUGCCACAUGCCUACAAUUGAAAUGAAAACUCUAUUGUUACCUCGAUUGAGUUGUGUUCCACAGAAAAUGCUAUCCAGCAGAUCAUUUAGGAAAAAUAAUUCUAUUUUUAGCUUUUCAUUUCUCAGCUGUCCUUUUUUCUUGUUUGAUUUUUGACAGCAAUGGAGAAUGGGUUAUAUAAAGACUGCCUGCUAAUACGAACAGAAACGCAUUUGUAAUUCAUGAAAAUAAAUGUACAUCUUCUAUCUUCACAUUCA